CCCGUGUUCGUGCUCUUUUACAUAUUACUCUACACGUGAUUAUUUAUUAUUGUGUUAUUUUUAAAUUUUGUGCCAAAACAUCAUUAUUUAAAAGACAACUUCUUCAAAACAAUUGUUGUCUUUGACUUGUGUUGUAGGAGACAGCACUUCCUUCUGCAAAUCAAUUUUUGAAUAAAAUAAUAUUAAAUUAUUAUCUUUAAAAGAACGCAAACAAAAUAAUAAUACCAAAAUCUUCGAUGCCAUGCUGUAGAAUUUUAUUACUUUGAGACUACAUUUCUAUUAAUAUCUAAGUUUUGUAGGACUACGAGUUUGGAGAUAGAUCGUAUGAGUAAUGCUUAAUGGGUGCAGUACGUAAUUAAUUUAUGAACUCGAAUAAAUUUUGAAAUGUGGAAACACAAUGUAAAAAGUUUAAAAUACCAUUUUUCUAACAUUUUAGUCAGGUGUACAGAAAUCAAACCGAUGAAAAUCAGAUAUAGAACAUUGAUGUCGAUUGGUUCGGCAAUAGAUGUGCAUCCAAACAUAAGAAACAAAAUUUUAUCAGGCAACCCGGUGGUUGCUUUGGAAUCAACUAUUAUAACUCACGGCAUGCCUUAUCCACAAAAUUUGGAAACUGCCAUAAAAGUUGAAGAAAUUGUUAAAUCUGAGGGAUCAACCCCGGCUACUAUAGCAGUAAUAAAUGGUCGAAUUAAGAUUGGGCUGGAGAAACAUCAUUUAGAACAAUUGGCUCUGGAUAAAAAUAAUACUAAUGUCAUCAAGUGCUCAACAAGAGAUUUGCUUUACGCUGUCAGUAAAGGUAUUUCAGGUGGUACAACCGUUGCAGCUACGUUAUUUGUGGCAAAUAAACUUGGAAUAAAAGUUUUUGCAACAGGAGGAAUCGGUGGAGUGCAUCGUGAUGGCCAAAACACUUUUGAUAUAUCGGCAGAUUUAAUCGAAUUAGGGAAAAGCCCAAUGGCUGUUAUUUGUAGUGGGGUCAAGUCGAUUUUGGAUAUUCAGAAAACUUUAGAAUUCCUGGAAACUCAUGGGGUUUGUGUUGCUACUUAUCAAGUCCCAGACUUUGAAUUUCCAGCGUUUUAUACUCGUAAAAGUGGCUGUAAGGCACCCUACAAUAUGGAAAAUAGUGAAGAGGCAGCUGAGUUUAUACAUUCUCUGUUGAAAAUUGAAUCCAAAUCAGGAAUAUUAUUAGCCGUCCCCAUACCAGAGAAGGAUUCAAUUGCAGGUGAUCUAAUAAACAAUGCUAUAAAAAAUGCUUUAAAUAAAUGCAAGGAGAAUAAAAUUUUUGGAAAAAAUAUUACCCCGUUUGUACUACAAGCCGUUGCGAAUAUAACAGAAGGAAAAAGCUUGGAAGCCAAUAUAUCGCUAAUUCAAAACAAUGCUAGAGUAGCUUCGCAAAUAGCUGUCAAGCUUCACAAACUUUUGCCUUCAGCGAAUGGAAAAAGCAGCAUUUUUGUAAAAGAAACACCGUUUGAAUGUUCGACGCAUCGUAUCAGCUCAAAAAGUUAUUUGAAAAAUCAAAUUCGAGAGAGUGGAGGCGUUGAUCGCAUUGAGGAUAUAGAUGAUAAUUCUAAGAUACCAAUUGUCAUAGGCGCAUCUGUAAUAGACAUAAACAUAAAAGUACAGGAUGAUUUCAAGGAAAAGGAAAGAAAGGUAGGGGGAAAGAACAAAUGAAUUAAAAUUUCAAAUUCAUAUUUCGGUAUGGUUUCAAAUGUUAUUGAGGAAGGAUGUAUGAUUUUUUAUGUACAUUUUGUGUUUCCCAAUAAGGUAAGUUGAGCAGUGUUGGCUAACAGAAAUGUUAAUAAAAGUAAUAUUAACAAAAGUUAACGUGAUACAUUUCAACAAUUUGCGUUAUUAUCUCAUUUUUGUUAAAAGAUACAUAUACGAGUAGAAUUGUUUGAAAUAAUUUCAAUUAGUUUUUAAGGUAUUAAAAAUAAAUAUGUAUGUAUUAUUUCAAACAACUAGUAGUUAAAACAAUUUCAAACAUGUUAAAAUAUAUUGAGUCGUUCUAAAAUCAAUUAUUUGUGCUUUUCUUUCAAAUUUUAUUACCAGGUAUACAAGAAUAAAAUCGCCCUGCCUGUGUAUGGAUGACCUGUCCUAAUAGUAAACGCAAACAGAAAAAAAUUUAAAUAAGUAUCUGUUACCUGUAAUUUUACAAUCGAAAUUUUUUAGUCAUUUGCUGAGAUACUAUUUAUUUAAGAAAUAAAAAAAAUAUUCAAAUCCGAUCAUAAAAAUAUAUGAUUGUCUUUUCCAAAACUUUUUAAAUAUUUUUUUACUCCCGUUUUCUUAUUUUGUACUUAAAUUACGGAUUUACAGUAUUUGUUAGAAUGUAAAAAAUUACGGAUUUACAGUAUUUAUUAGAAUAAGUUUCGUUUAAAAUUUUGUUAUUACCUUAAUAAAAUAAAAUUUAUAUUUCAGUGAACUGGAGAUAAUAAAAAAUUUAAUUUUGUGGUUUAAUUUUUGAAAUUUUAAAAAACAUAUAAAUAUAAAAUUUGUAGUUUUUACAGCUGCGGUUUUCUGCUGUCUAAGUUAGAAAUGUGAAAGUAUAUUGCAUUAUCAAAAAUAUAUUGCAUACUCAAAAACAUGUGUAUUAAUAUUGACAGCAAAACGUUUAUAAAAGUGCAGAUAUUUUAUCUUAAUAUAUACAAUAAAUGUAGAUUGCAGACUACUCUGUUUAGGCAAUUGUCAUAACGUGGUAAAGUAAAUCAUCACGUCUUAUUGAAGUAAAAGCUAUCAAAAAUAUAUACAUAUAAUAGAAAAGAAUACAUUUAUUUCGUAUACUAACUUUUUACUAAUAGUUUAUUACUUAAUUCUUUUAAAUAUUUAUAUCAAAUAUUAUAAAGAUUUUCAUAAACACAAUACAUACUGCAAAACAGUAAUGUGAUACAUACGCAAUAUAUUUUUGACAGUGUUGAAUAAAAACUUUUGCUAUUUGGAAUUCGCAGUAUUGUAUUCAUUAAUAAAACAAAAUUUAUUUAUUUUGGGCCAAAUAGUGGAAAAUUCUAUUUCAGGAAAAAUAAAAAUUAAGAAAAACAAAAAAAGGAAACUGAAACAAAAUAAAUUUUGUUAUGUUUAAGUAAAACAAUUAACAGGCGAAUUCCUAAAAAAACUGCAAAAAGAAAAAAAGUAAAAGCUGUUGAAAAAAAGUACAGCUGAUAAAACUGCGCUAGCCGUAAUUGUUUAAAUAUUUUUGUGAUAGGUUAGCAAUGUUUGAUUAGUAGCAUUUGUUUAUGAACACAAAUAUAGCGCAGUUCUCAGUAUAUAUCUCAAUAUACUGCUUUUAUGAAAAGGCCUUAUAUCUCAAAAUAUUUUUUCUGGAAUUGUAAAAGAUACACGUAUUCUAAUACUGAAAUUAUUGAAAAUUACAUAACGAAAAGAAAAAUCUCUUAAUUUA